UAAAACAAAACAAAUCAAUUGUGGGAACCUCAGGGAGAGCAAACAUUACAUGUUUCAUAUUGUGCAGGAUCGGAAAAAAUUAAUAUGUGUGACUAUAUGGAAUAUAUAAAAUGCGGAGAAAUUCUGUUGUCACCAUCGUUGGAUUACAAGGACCAGUACAUACUUAAGUGUAUAGAAUGUGAGGACUGUUAUACGGAUAUGGACAUGUUAAUAGAGCAUUGUUUAGGUCACUAUCAACAAAACAUUGCGGAGCUCGAUGAAAAAUCCUCAGUUUCAGCAUUGAUUGAUGAUAUGUUUGAUGGUGAAGUAAACGAAGGUUCUAAUGUGGAGGAAAAGGUCACUGUCAAAUAUGAGAUAUUAUCCGAAUUGGAACCAGAAGAUAUGGACUCCAUAUCUGUAAUUGAUAUCGCAGAGGAGUAUCUUGAUGAGAAGAUCGAACAUCUUAAUAGCUCCAAGGAUGAACCAGAUGAUGAAGAUGAAUUAGAAAAGGGAUCUGAUGAAAAUCAGGCCGAGGAAGAGUGCAUGCUUGAGUUGGGGGAGUCUGGAGAUGAAUGUACCGAUGAUGGUGAAGACAGUAAAACAUCAAUGUUUGUACGAAAUUUUAUGGGUAUUAAACUGAAUGUGACCACAAUAAUCGCUGCCUACAAGAAACAACCAUACUUGUGGAACAGCAACAAUCCUCCUGAUGUACGCGCCAAAGAACGCCCGAAAUGUCUACAGAAAAUUGCCGAUGAAGUCAAAGACAGAAUAAAUGUUUAUAUGACGACUAAGGAAGUUGCUGCGGUUAUAGCACGCCUAAGACAUGACUACAGAGAACGUUUGAAGCGAGAAAACGAGUUUGGAGCCGAAAACAGCAAAACCAAAAAUACACGGUCUUGGUUUUAUGAGCAAAUGGAUUUCUUACAGCCCUAUAUGGAAAACUGUUCCAUUUUUAAUUUAGAUUCUAACCAACCGCCACUGGAAAUUGAACAAAUCAUACAUCUCUUUGGAAUAUAUAAACGGUUGCCAGUUCUGUGGAAUUGUGAACUAAUUGAAAAUGUCUGCACUAACAAACGUUCGGAAGCCCUAUCACAAAUGCAGAAAAUGAUAGAUAACGAAAUGGGCAUUAAAGUCAAUAUUAAUAACAUCAAACGUUAUUUACACACAAUUCAUGCGUUCUUCACUAAGGAGAAGCGCAAUAGUACAACAAACUUUCGCACCACAAAAGAGAGAUUUGAUUUGUACAAGCAUCUGGUAUUUUUAACAGAUCAUGUGGGACCUUUUAAGUGUACAGAUUGCAAUCGUUCAUUCCUCAGUCCUCUCAAUUGGAAGGUACACAUGGCUGAACACGAUGGCACAAUACCUCUAACGUGUUCGCUAUGCAAAAAGGAGUACAAAACUACAGAUGCGUACAUGGCCCAUGCUAGAAGACAUAUGAAUGACUUGCGCUAUGAAUGUAAAGAAUGCGGCAAGAAGUUCUCCAGGCCCGCCGAUCUGGAAAUUCAUUUACGUUGCCACACAGGCUCCAAACCAUACUGCUGUGAAAUUUGUGGAGCCUCAUAUCGACACAGUCAGGCAUUUAAAACCCAUAAAAGACGGCAUCAAAAACAGUAUUUACAUCAUUGUCCUGUGUGUUCGAAAGGUUUCUACAAGAAGGAUCAGCUGAAUAAUCAUGUACGAACCCACACCGAUAUACGGGACAUUAAAUGUGAUAUAUGCGGCAAAGGAUUUAAGACAAAGAAGACUAUGCUGCAGCAUAAGUUUACGCACGAGGAAGGUCGCAAUCAUGUGUGUCCGUUCUGUGACAAAACGUUCAAAAACAAACUUGGUUUGGCUCAACACAUAAAAAUUCACCGCAAAAAUGAUAUACUUGAACUGGAAAUUAGUUCAUAAUAAAGAUUCCAAAAUAUUGCCUCAAUUGGAAUGUGUACAUAAUUUUUGUUUUUUUUUUUUUAACAAGUCUUUUAUAAACUUUUUAUAAAAUAAAUAUUUAGUUAAUUUUAGCCAAAAUUAAAUACCCACCACACGUUUGUAGAUCUGAUGUUUUUCGUGUGUUCACCAAAUACUCGUAAUCAGCUUGAAUCCUGAGCAUUUACCAUAUGUGUGAGCUGAUACUAACCUUUGAAAGCUA